CCUCUCCCCUCCCGUCCCCUCCCCGCAUCACAUUCACACGCCGGUCAGGUCUCGUUCGCGUGUCGUGUGACUCGUGUCCGUGUGGCGCCACCUACCCGUUUUGCGUCUAGCUUGCAGUGUCCAUCAGCCUGGUCACUCAUCCAUCACACCCACAAGCGCACGAGCAAAGCAAGCCGUGCGUGCGUGCGUGCGUGCGUCCAUUUACCAUGGCAUUGGAGGCCGUGGUGUUCUCGCAAGCAGGCCAUUUCGGCUACGGCCGCGUGGACUCUCCGUACGCGCUGCCGUGGUGCGACUUGGGCGGCGGCGGCGGCGGCGGCUUCGGGGAGCUCUGCGCGGCGGAUUGGGAUCACGAGCUGGUCGCGUCGGUUGCGCCCAGCGUGGACGAGUGGGAGACGGUCUCCACCAAGGAUCUGUCCUCAGAAGCUUCCAUGGAGGGCAAAGCGGUGGCCGAACCGGCAGUGGCCGCAGGGAGGAGGAAGCGGAGGCGCAACAAGGUAGUCAAGAACAAGGAGGAGAUCGAGAGCCAGCGGAUGACCCACAUUGCCGUCGAGCGCAAUCGCCGCCGCCAGAUGAACGAGUACCUCGCCGUGCUCCGCUCACUCAUGCCGCCGUCCUACGCGCACAGGGGUGAUCAAGCAUCGAUCGUUGGUGGCGCAAUCAACUACGUGAGGGAGCUCGAGCAACUCCUGCAAUCGCUCGAAGUCCAAAAGAGCAUCAAGAACAUGAACCAGGCCGGCUGCACGGACAACGGCAGCUCCCCAUUCGUUGGCGUCUUCAGCUUCCCGCAGUACUCCACCUCGUCUCACGGUUGCUGCGGCGCCACGAGCAUCGGCUGCUGUAGCAAUGCCAACAGCGACGCGGCCGGCUCGGCGGAGAAUGGCCGGCCGGCGGCGGCGGUCGCCGACAUCGAGGUGACGAUGGUGGAAGGCCACGCGAGCCUCAAGGUGCUCGCGCGGCGGCGGCCGAAGCAGCUCCUGAAGCUGGUCGCCGGGCUACAGCAGCUGCGCAUCCCGCCGCUGCACCUCAACAUGACCACCGUCCACGCCAUGGUCUUGUACACCUUCAGCCUAAAGGUGGAGGAUGAUUCCAAGAUGGGCUCGGUUGAAGAUAUUGCAACGGCUGUCCAUGAGAUUCUGAGCAGCAUAGCGCGGCAGGAGGAGACCGCCGUCAUGUGAACCUCUCUGCAGUCCGCACAGCACCUGCAUCUGCUAUUCUGCUUACCCCCUCCCCCAGCCAAUGGAAUCCAUAGCAUGGAUAUAUGACUGCGAUUGUGAUUGCACCCUGGCCACCAGAGUCAUGCAUGCAACAUUGUCCAGGACUAGAGAGGUGUAUCAAAAAAUUGCGGUGUUGUCACCUCAUUUUGGAGCGAGUACCUGUAGAUUCACAUAUAGAGUUGGACGUCGGUGAAUAAUGUUCUGCAGACAAAAUGCGCAGUCAGGUGCGCUAGCGUACAGAGACGGCAUGAGCAGUUUGUGCUAGAGACCGGAGAUUCCAUUGACCGCGAAACAGUUACUGCUUGCAAUUGUAAAUUGGUGCCUGUCUCAUUGUCUCUCUACGACGGUCUGCAUUCCAGAAAUGUAAAAGCUCGUUUUCAUAUAUACUCCACUAGUACUAGUACUUCAUCUAUCAAAUUUCUACU